CCACCCAUCAAGUCUCCACGACUAUAUCAACCAGGUAAAACCCUAACCCCACCCACGUACCUCAAUUCCGAUAGAGGAGUCGCAGCAGCGCCGCACCUCGAAACCCUUGGUGAGUGUCAGCGGAAUCGUCGUAGUUGGUGGUGUUGGUGAAGGGAAAAGAGGCAUGGCGGCGGUGUAUGCUCCACCUCCGAUGAAGGCGGCCGGAAAGCUGGGGAUGGAGGAGUCCCCGGAGAAUCUCCACCGCAUCCGGAUCACCCUCUCCUCCAAGAACGUCAAGAAUCUCGAGAAAGUUUGUUCGGAUCUGGUGAGGGGAGCCAAGGACAAGAGGCUGAAGGUCAAGGGACCGGUGAGGAUGCCCACUAAGGUCCUCCACAUCACCACCCGCAAAUCCCCCUGCGGCGAAGGGACCAACACAUGGGAUCGGUUUGAGCUUCGUGUACACAAGAGGGUGAUCGAUCUUAUUAGCUCACCUGAAGUGGUGAAGCAGAUUACCUCAAUCACCAUUGAACCUGGUGUGGAGGUUGAAGUGACAAUUGCAGAUCCAUGAUUCAGCUGAAAACUUUGAUGCAAUUAUAUAGACAGUUGUUUUGUCCGCCAUCUGGAAUGAGCGCAACCAGUAUGUAGUCUAAAAGAUAAUAACACUCGUUUUUUCAUUAUAUUUUUCUUAGGAAAUCUUAAUCCUUGUUUCUAUUUAAUAUGAGAUUUUGCUAAAACAUCAGUUUGUGCCCGUCGAGGAAUCUAGUGUGCUUUCAGUUAUUUCCAUUGAAUAUUUAUCUCAUGCCUGAUGAUUGCAAUCGA